AUGAUCUCAAAGCGCCCAAUUCAUUGACAGAACAGCGAUGGCAUACACUUUGAGGACCGUCUUAGGUCUUUUACUACUGUGGGCCGGAUUGAGUUCUGCGCUCAAAUUCGAUCUUGCAGCUACAACGUCAAAGAGUGAGCGAUGUAUUCGCAAUUUCGUCUCGAAUGGGCAGCUUGUUGUUGUCACGGCGAUUGUGUCGGGGAGUAAAGGGGAUGGACAGGUUGUUAAUAUGCACAUCAAAGAUGCAAUGGGCAAUGAUUACGGACGUCCCAAGGACAUUGUCGGCGAAACUCGUCAGGCGUUUACCUCGCCUGCUGAUACGGCUUUUGACGUCUGCUUUGAGAAUACCAUUACUAAUACUCGGCACAUGCGAGGGCCCGUCAGUCGCGAAAUCGAACUCGACAUCGAAAUCGGCGCCGACGCCCGCGACUGGUCCAGCAUCCAAGCACAAGAAAAACUGAAACCCGUCGAAACCGACCUACGUCGUAUCGAGGAAGUAGUCGGCGAAAUCGUGAAUGAGAUGGAUUACUUGCGUCAACGGGAACAGAAACUGCGUGAUACCAAUGAGUCGACAAAUGAGAGGGUGAAAUGGUUCGCUUUUGGGACAAUGGGAAUGUUGAUGGGCCUUGGAGCUUGGCAGGUUGUUUAUUUGAGGGCUUAUUUCAGAUCGAAGCAUCUCAUUUGAUUGCAUAAGAAAGAGAUGGAGUUUGAGGUGACUGGGAGGAAUUUCUUUCUAAUGAAAAUGUAUUUUUUAUGAUAUACUUCUUGCAAGCAUUUAUAGCUGAUUGUGAUACAUUCAUGCAUUAUGUGUGAUACUGGGUACCCUUUCUGUCGGCUUUGAAUGAAAUGAGCGAAAUGAUUGUUUAAAGCUUGGUUGGAUAUUCAUGCAAUAAAGAUUCAUUGAUAUCAAUUCAGCCGUUCUAAAGUACCCUAGACAUAGGAAAUCUUCACAUGGUCAGCCUCCAGCCUGU